UUGAUAUCGCACGGCUGUGAGGCGCUGCUGAGUGUUGUGCUGUAUUGUGCUGCGAGGAAUCGCACCGUAUUGUUUGUUUGGGAAGAAGCGUUUGCUGUGCUGCACAGAGGGGAGAGGGGUUAAUACAGAUCAAAAGGCAUAAAUGAUCACUUUCCUCAGUGCUCCGUCUUGAAAAGAUUAUUCCAUCUGCAAGCAAGGAUCAUCCUUGUCGCGCUGUACCUGCGGGCUGCCGUGACAGGCGGUAUUUCUCGGAUCUGAAUCGGCAACAAAGAUUUUAGAGCUCGACUGGGAUCUAUGGAUUCCGGCAGAAUUCUGGCAUCUUCAAAACGCCGGGCUUGGAUGCGUCCCGUCAUCUUUGCUUGACAUAAGCAAUGUCUUGCUCUUUAAUAAUACUGGAGUGUCAAGUAACAUCCACAAUUGGAAUUGAUCGACUAUCUGUAGGGACCUUUUCCUUGAAUGAGGUGCAGGGUAAUGUACUGUAGCCUCAGGUGGAAAUUAUCCAGUUUUGCACAUAGUUGUUUUAACAUAUAAUAAUUGUUAAUCAUUUUAAUAGCUUGAAAAUAGGAUAGAUCUUAUAAUGACCUUUUUAGCUCUGUGCCUUCAGUGUGCAUGGCCGUAACGUUAUAGGAUAAUGAUGAUCCACCUCGAGUGAUUUUUUUUUCCAUUUUGCGAGUCAUCUCUCGCAUUGAGGAUUCGUAGCUUCUGUGACCGUGACUGACGUUGCCGGACUUGCAGUCGAGUUGCUGGGAUUUGAUGCUUUCUUAACGAAAUAUCUAUGAAGAUGUGGGUUAAUCCGGAGGAAGUGCUGUUGGCCAGCGCGCUGUGGAUCACUGAGAGAGCUAAUCCCUACUUCAUCCUGCAGAAGAGGAAGGGGCACGGCGGAGGAGGAGGAGGAGGAGGAGGGCUAGCCGGUCUGCUGGUUGGAACCUUGGAUGUGGUCCUGGACUCUAGUGCUCGUGUUGCUCCCUACAGAAUUCUCUACCAGACACCUGACUCCCUUGUGUAUUGGACAAUAGCCCAUGGCGGCUCACGGAAGGAGAUUACAGAACACUGGGAAUGGCUGGAGCAGAAUCUGCUGCAGACGCUGUCUAUUUUUGAGAACGAGAAUGACAUCACUACUUUUGUUAAAGGCAAAAUUCAGGGCAUCAUAGCCGAGUACAAUAAGAACCAUGACAUCAGGGAGGAUGAUGACACUGAGAAGUUUAAGGAAGCUACGGCCAAAUUCCGGAAGCUCUUCGGGAUGCCCGAAGAGGAGAAGCUAGUGAACUAUUACUCCUGUAGCUACUGGAAAGGCAAAGUGCCCCGCCAGGGGUGGGUCUACCUCAGCAUCAACCACCUCUGCUUCUAUUCCUUUCUGCUGGGCAAGGAAGCAAAAUUAGUGAUCCGUUGGGCAGAUAUCACUCAGCUAGAGAAAAACCCCACCUUACUGUUGCCAGACAUCAUAAAAGUGAGCACCAGGUCCAACGAGCACAUCUUCUCUGUCUUCCUCAAUAUCAAUGAGACCUUCAAGCUGAUGGAACAGCUGGCCAACAUAGCUAUGAGGCAGCUUCUAGACAACAAGGGCUUUGAACAAGACAGGUCUCUGCCAAAACUAAAGAAGAAAUCCCCCAAGAAAGUGUCAGCCCUUAAAAGGGAUCUGGAUGCAAGAGCCAAGAGCGAGCGCUACAGGGCCUUAUUCCGGCUGCCCAAAGAUGAGAAACUAGAUGGACACACAGACUGCACCCUUUGGACCCCCUUCAACAAAAUGCACAUUGUGGGCCAGAUGUUUGUUUCCACUAAUUACAUCUGCUUCACCAGUAAAGAAGAGACACUGUGCAGCCUCAUUAUUCCACUCAGAGAGGUGACAAUUGUGGAGAAGGCAGACAGCUCAAGUGUCCUGCCAAGUCCUUUGUCCAUCAGCACCAAAAAUAGGAUGACUUUUCUCUUUGCCAACCUCAAAGACAGAGACUUUCUUGUGCAGAGGAUUUCCGACUUCCUGCAACAGACCACAUCCAAGAUCUACUUUGACAGAGAGAUCAUGGGAAGUUACAACAGUUCGGAUGAUGAGGUGUACUCAAGGCAGAGCAGUCUGCUGUCCUGCAGCCCUCAGAGGAGUCUGGGUUCGGAGAUAGAGGGAGAGCGCCAGUUCAAUCUCAAUGAUAACAGUGUCCCAACUGCUACCCAGGCCCUUAUGACAAUGUACCGCCGAAGAUCACCAGAAGAAUUUAACCCCAAACUGGCGAAAGAGUUCCUGAAGGAGCAGGCCUGGAAGAAUCACUUUACAGAGUAUGGUCAAGGAGUGUGCAUGUAUCGCACGGAGAAGACCAAGGACCUGGUCCUGAAAGGCAUACCGGAGAACAUGAGGGGCGAGCUCUGGCUGCUGUUCUCUGGAGCUAUCAAUGAGAUGGCUACUCACCCUGGUUAUUAUGAAGAUCUGGUGGAGAAGUCAAUGGGUAAAUACAACCUGGCUACGGAGGAGAUAGAGAGGGACCUCCACCGCUCCCUGCCUGAGCACCCUGCCUUCCAGAAUGAGAUGGGGAUUGCAGCCCUGAGACGGGUGCUGACGGCUUAUGCUUUCAGGAAUCCCAACAUUGGGUACUGCCAGGCCAUGAAUAUUGUCACCUCAGUUCUGCUACUCUACGCCAAGGAAGAGGAAGCCUUCUGGCUCCUGGUAGCUCUUUGUGAGAGAAUGCUGCCAGACUACUACAACACAAGGGUUGUCGGGGCGCUUGUUGACCAGGGGGUAUUUGAAGAGCUAGCCCGGGAGUACGUGCCUCAGCUCUAUGACUGCAUGCAGGACCUAGGAGUGAUUUCCACCAUCUCGCUCUCCUGGUUUCUGACGCUCUUUCUCAGCGUCAUGCCCUUUGAGAGUGCCGUAGUGGUGGUGGACUGCUUCUUCUACGAGGGCAUCAAAGUGAUCUUCCAGUUGGCUCUGGCUGUGCUGGAUGCCAACAUCGACAAACUGCUGAACUGCAAAGAUGAUGGAGAAGCCAUGACUGUUCUGGGCAGGUACCUGGACAGUGUGAGUAACAAGGACAGCACCCUCCCCCCAAUCCCCCAUUUGCACUCUCUCCUCACUGACGAUGGGGAGCCCCACCCUGAGGUGGACAUUUUCAAGCUGGUCAGGAGCUCAUAUGAGAAAUUUGGGACCAUCAGAGCAGAUGUGAUUGAACAGAUGCGUUUCAAACAGAGGCUGAGAGUGAUCCAGACCAUUGAAGACACUACAAAACGCAAUGUGGUCCGAACUAUUGUGACUGAAACGGCAUUCAGCAUUGAUGAGCUUGAAGAGCUCUAUGUUUUGUUUAAGGCAGAACAUCUGACAAGCUGCUAUUGGGGUGGAAACAGCAAUCCCACUGACAGGCAUGACCCCAGCCUGCCCUACCUGGAGCAGUAUCGCAUUGACUUUGAGCAGUUCAAGGGCCUCUUUGGGCUUCUCUUUCCGUGGGCCUGCGGGGCUCAUUCUGAUUCACUGGCCAUGCGCUUCUUCAGGCUGCUGGACCAGAACGGGGACUCCUUCAUCAACUUCAGAGAAUUCGUCACUGGCUUGAGUGUGCUUUGUCAUGGGGAUUUGACAGAAAAACUGAAGCUGCUUUAUAAAAUGCAUGUGUUGCCUGAGCCAGCUCAUGAGCAAGAGGAACCAGAUUCUGCUUUUGAAGCUACCCAGUAUUUCUUUGAAGAUAUCACCCCCGAGACUUCUCUUGGGCUGGAUCCAAAGUCUAAAAAUGAUAAAGAUGAUGGUUUUGUAACAGUCACCUUCAAAACUGAAAAAGUUAAAAAGACACACACUCCUGACUAUCGGACCUAUUUACGGCUAUGGAACCAAGAGAGCAAGUCAAAAUUGGAGAACAUGAAGGAACUGCCUAAACUGAACCAGGGGCAGUUUAUUGAGCUGUGCAAGACGCUCUACAACAUGUUCAGUGAGGACCCAAAUGAGCAGGACCUGUACCACGCCACAGCCACAGUGACCAGUCUUCUUCUAGAGAUUGGGGAGGUGGGAAAACUGUUCUGUAGCCCAGCUGGUGGGGAGGAUAAUAGGGACAUCAAAGACAGUGCCAUGGGCCAGGCUAAAGGGGACUCCCUUUUCCAGCAGAAUGGGCAGGGGGACCCUUUUCUCUCUGGUAUGACCACACAGGGGGAAGGCGAAGCGAAGUUCUGCAGCUCGGGGGCUUGCGGUGAGCAGCCUCUCUGCUCACAGAUGGAGGACAUCAAGCUAGAAGAUUCGUCCCCGAAGGAUAUUGGCAUGUCUUCCGCCAUGCUUAUUUCCGAUGACGAGACCAAGGACGACACCUCCAUGUCCUCCUACUCGGUGCUGAGCGCCGGCUCCCAUGAAAUGGAAGAAAAGCUGCAGUGCGAAGAUAUUGCUGAUGACACGGUGCUGGUGCGCAGUAACCAUGGCAACUCCCUGCCGCAUAGCACCAGCAUUGACAAGGACUGGGCCAUCACCUUUGAGCAGUUUCUGGCCUCAGUGCUGACAGAGCAAGCCCUGGUCAUCUACUUCGAGAAACCAGUGGAGAUCGUGGCGCGGAUCUCCAACGCCAAGAAUAUUCGAAAGGUGGGGAGACAGAUCAUAUCUGCUAGUGACUAUGAGAUCUCCACUCUCUCUGGCUGAAAGCUGAGCUCAGAAAAAUAAAUAAACUGUAUCGCUGUCUCUUUCAUUAUUCUUCCACCUGUAGACCCAAGAAGUUAAUACCAAUACAAUUGUAAACAGAGGUACUGUCUGUCUUAAGUGCACUGUGUAAUAUUCAUCUGCUAACAACGGCUAGGUAGGUGGUAGAUAACACUGAUUGAGAACUGAGAAGUUGUUUAUAUGUUUAAUUAAUAAUAAUAUAUAGAAUUUUAAAAAGUUUGACACUGUAUUUUAUGAUGUGUGAAAAAGCGGUUUUAUUCUUAGACUGUUAACAGAGCUAUAAUCCAUGCGGAGAAUCCUGAUUUCCCAGGAAGAUGUGGUGGAAAAGCAAAGAAAAGUAUUUGAUUCUGACCUUAAGUGAGAAGGAAAUGCAAUCAUUUUAAACUUAUCUACAAUAUACAACCUAAGCUUGCUAUACUUUAUAUGGAGUAAUGUACAAAACUAAUAACCUGUUAGAUCAUGUUAGGCUAUGUAUUCUUAUGUUGUGAUCUAUACUUAUUCUCUUAACAGAAUAAAAUUAAAAGCUAACAUUAUGUUCAAAGCCGUAUCUAAUCGGAUAUGUACUCCUGUGGCUUGACUACAUACUGUUCUGGAAACUUUGCCACACUGAUCUAAAAUGUUAGCUGUCUAUUGAUAUAUUGUACUCUAUUGAUACUGGAGCACCUGCACUUUGAGUCACAGUUUUUUUCGUUUCUCUAUUAUUUGGCCCAUCAAGGGCUUUUUCUUCACUAUAGUUAUUAAAGUGUCACACCUGACGUCUUACCUCUGUAUCAUACUGAGGAACCAGCUGGUCUUUUUUAUUUAUGUAAUUUGUUGCUGUAUCUGAAGUUGCUGUUUUAAUUUGUUUCAAUGUGAAAAUUUUUAAAUGUCAUGUUCAUGGUUUCCGCCACAAAAACUGAUAAAAGAAUGUAGAAUAAAUAACGCAAUGCUACAUACGUGAGAAAUGUU